AUGUCUGUCGCAAGGACCCGGUCAAUAUCAAUGAGAUCCGGCCAUUCAUCCAAAGGCACUGGAGCCACAUUGGCCGAAGUCAGUAUGCCUCCAAUCGCCGUACCCCGCGAUUUUGAGCCCUGUGCUGCGACAGCAUCGAUGUUCUUAUAUGUGCAAGGAAAUUCGGUUGUUUGCGCUCAUCACGAUACUCUUAAGAUUGAAAGACGGUUUUCGAGACACACAGAAGAGAUACAACUGUUAGCAGUAGAUAAUAUUAGUGAAAGAGGAGCUGGAAGAUUAGUAGUGAGUUACGAUGCUGGCCAAACUGCAAUUGUAUGGGAUUGCAUGACGGGAGAUGAAAUUGCCCGAUUUGCGAGUUACGAAAAUCUUACAGUGGCAGCUUGGAUGCGCAACGGAAAUGUUGCAUUUGGAAAUGCUCAAGGAAAUGUUAUUCUUUUUGAACCGACCACAUCAGAGCAUAUAUCCUCAAGAACUUUAGAUCAAAUUCCAAUUACAGCUUUGGCACCAGCAGCGGACUGUAGGACAUAUGCUAUUGGAUUUUCAAAUGGAUCUCUUUUAAUCGCAGCAUUGCAGCCAAGAUUCAUAAUUCUUCACAACUUGACAACUUCAAGAGGGCCAUCUCCGAUCGUCACACUAUCGUGGCAUGCAUCAUCGUCACGCCAAAAGUCGGAUAUGUUAGCAUCUCAAACCAAUGACGGCGAUCUACGGGUUUGGAGUAUAGCAAAAUCACCUACUAGCAACGACACAGCGAAAGUAGUCCGGGUAUUGAAACGAUCCGAUAAUUUUCAAACAGGUCCUAAUUGGCUAGGCUGGUCAAAAAAUGGCCGUAUCAUUCAGUUUUCCGAAGGGGAAACAUCGUCAUGGGACGUUCGAACGAAACAGGUCACUUUCGAGAAAGUUCCGACAUUGGAUAUUGUGAAAGGUCUAGCUGUUUAUGGACCUGGAGCAACCCUCUUCACGCUGGGACCAAAUAAUACGGCACAGCAAUUUGAUCUUAAUUCUCCACCGCAAAUGGUGGCGAACGUUCAACAUCCAGCCAAUUUAUUGCCACCUUCUCCCCCUGUUUCUAUUGAGGAGCAGAAACAACAGGCCGCUCAAGCGGUCGCAGCUGAAGUUUCAGCUGUGCCAAUAAAUGUCGACAUCUCCGAGAGUGACUCCGAUCGGAUGUCACCGCUGGCUAGGAUUGCUCGACGUGGUGAUGAAAUUGAACAACAAUUACGUGUGGAGGCCAUGGAGCCUGACCGCUCCGAAACAUUAUCUCCCGUAUCAUCGAGAAGUCGCACGUCAAAUUCUACCAGGUCAUCUGCAGACUCAAGGCCACAUAAUACUCGGCAUCAUGGAAAACAUUCUUCAGGCUUAUCGACUAUAUCACGUGGAGGUAUGAGUGAAGCAACAACUAUGUCAUUCGGCUCGUCGAUUCAUACUGGUACUGCUCGAGAACCUUCUGUUUUAUCAAGUAGAGACUCGUAUGCUCAAAGUAAUACCAGCUCAGCACGAUCAUAUCGUUCUCGACAACGUGGAUCUCGGCUAAGACAAGAGGUACUCCGUAGUCCCGAUGAGUCAGGAAGUCAUGUCGUGGAGCUAUUCAAGUAUACCAAAUCUAGGCUAAGUGAUAUUCCUUACCGUCAGCCACAAGUCUCAGAAAGUGGCCAUCUCACGAACGAUGAUCUUCGACUCCAAAUGCUCAGUACAAUAUUUGGAUGGGAUGGAGAAGUCGAGGGAUUGAUCCGUGAUGAGAUGAACAGAGCGCCAAUGGGAUCAACUCAUAGAGUUCUUCUUGCUAAAUGGAUUGGCGAUCUUGAGCUGGAUAUCAUGGCUACAAGCUCCGAAUCAAUGACUUCUUCAGACUGGAUGCUUCUUGCCCUAAGUGGGAUUGGAGGACAAGCUUCGCAAACCAAGGUCGCUAGAGCUUAUGUUCAAAGACUUCUUGAAAAGGGAGAUGUCCACACUGCUGCUACAAUCAUGAUUGGUAUGGGUGAUCAAAAUGAUGCAAUCGAGAUAUACGUCUCCCACAAACGUUUUAUGGAAGCAUUGAUUUUGACGAGUCAUGUUUUUCCUUCGGAUUGGUCUCGACAAGCUGCAUUGAUACGAAAAUGGGGUGAGUGGGCUGUUCAGCACGGUCAACAACAAUUGGCUAUUCGAUGCUUUUCUUGCACAGCAUCUGAGUCGUCAGAACCUUGGACAUCACCCUCUGCUCAAGCUGCAACUUUCACCAAUAUCCACCAAAGUAUUCCCGAAUUGUUAAGCCCUCCUUUAUCGCCUCCUAGCCAUAGAGGUCCACAACGAAGUAUUGCGAAGACAUCGGCAUUGAAAUUAAUCACUGCGUUCGGAGAUAAACAACAGAAGUCAAAGUUCUUUGGUAUUGAUAAUGAUAAGACACCGAUUGGUCCUGGCCCAACACCAAUCGAGGAAUCUGCUAUUUCUCCAGGUGGUGAUACCGCACAUACUGCUUUCUUGAGACCAGGUAAUCGUAGCGCAUAUCAUACACCAGCCUCUGCAAGAACCGCGACACCUGGUGGUUUUUCACGUCGUCGUCUUCCAUCUAUUGGCGAAACACCUCAUGAUGUUAUACCUCGUGUCAGAUUAGAGCCAUUGAAUCCGUCAACGCCUGGAGAUUCUGGUUCAGACCGUGAGCGAGUUAGCCAAUAUGCCCGUGAAGCGGAGGCGGAACCAUUGCAACUAAGCUCGGCGACAUAUACUCCAAUUACAAAGAAUAGACCUACGACACCCAUGACCCAAAAGAAGAUUGCCAAUCCAUUGCCAUCGCCAUCGCCCGAUACAUUUACUUUGAAGAAGCAAGACGAUCGAACGAGGAAUGGAUCACGACAUCGUAAGCCAGAUGGGCUACAGAUCCAGUGGCCACCGAUGGAAUCUAUAAUCACAGGCGAUUACAUGUCAUCUCCUGAACCAACAGUGUCUUCCCGUCACGAUCAUCUGACUAACCGCUCAAUUGGCGACCCUUUGAGCUCUGCUGCUCUAUCAUCAGCCGCUUCCGUUUCUGCCUCAAGUAAUACCAGAAGCCCCUUGAACAGCGAAAGAAGUUUCAGAACAACAAGCCCAGUCUUGCACGGCAGAAGCAUUGACCAAUACAUCAAUAGCUUGGACACAGCCACGUAUCAUAAGAAACAACAACGUAGUCGUCAAGCUAGCCGAGAUCGAAGCGGGAGAGCUCGCAGCAGUAGCCGAAAGCCAAAGGCUCGAGAAACUUCGGAAGACAGAGAAAGAAAUAUCAUCCAAUACAUCAAGCCUGCAAAGCGUUCGCCAACCUCGCCUAUUCCAAUGUCGCCUGAAGAUCUGAGAGAUCUUGGCGCCGCAAUCUCAGAUAGCGAAGUCAUGAUUCAGGAUAAGCAAUUCAGAACGGAUAGUCGAACGGGACUUAAAUCAUCAAGACAAGCAAGCCGAGUCCGAAAACAAUCUCCUGAGCCACGCAAAACAUCUAGCCGUCAAACAAGUCGCAACGCCAGUCGCAGACCAGCCAGUCCUGAUACUAGACUAGGCGGUCGAGAUGCCCGAGGCCGAAGCGCAGGUCGUUCUGGAUCAGCAGUCCGUUCCCCUUCCUCUCCACUGCCAUUUUCUCCUCAAGCAAAAUUCUACCAGGAAGAUGAGGUUGCUGACUUCGAGGACUUGAGGGCGGCAAAGGCAGAUCAACUUGCGUUCAGAUUGAGAAGUAGUAGUCGUAUCAGAGAGCGUGGUACAAGUGCUGUUCGAGGGUCUUCACCAAGUGGAAAACGUCGUGAGAGAUCUACAAGUCGUAGACCAUUGGAAGGUCAGAGGUCGCCAUACUUAUCUAGAGAUGGUACUGAGUCUCAAUCUCACUUACGAACACAGUCAGAGUCAGUACAAAAGAACCCUCAACAGCAAAAGAUGGAUCCCAAAGAUGAGCGAGCAUUAAAGCGAGAACAAGCUGCACGUGAACUUGAGGAAAGACGUAAGUCUUUGGCUCAAAGACCAUUGGCGCCACCGAUUAUUCACCCAGGAGAAUUAAGCGGCUUGUCACCACUAGCUUAUCGUCCCUCUACCAAUUUCCCUGAGCAAGGAUCAGCAGCGUCGUAUUCGCCUCCCAAAGCAAGUCCCCAAGCUCCUAGAAGCCAACAGACUACACCAAACAAUACUUCUCCAAAUAGCGGUUUUGGUUCAGCUCCAGAGUCAUCUGUGCAGAUUGGUUUGCCAGCAACGCCAAGAGCUAUGCGCCAUCCUAAGUAUGAUCCUGAAGGUAAUGGUGCAGAGCGUAUUCCACAAGUUCCUCAAAUUCCGAACAGAUAUGAUGCGGGCUCAUCACAAGCAUCAGCAACAUUGAGCGCAGCAGUUUUCAACAGUUCAUCUGAUAGCCCGCAUGAUAUAUUUGGACCUCUUCCAAAAACUGUGUACCAGGCAUCUCAACCACCUCGUCGUAUGCCACCCCGAUCUGCCUCAGCUCCGAUCCCAGAAGAAAAUUUCUACAAGCCAAAUGUGAUCCCCGCAGGUUUACCACUACAUCCCGCAUUUCAAGCCGCAAUUCCAUCCAGUUCUUCAAGACGUACACCCGAUACCAGAGAAAGAAUAUCACCAACCCAAUCUUCUCGUAGACAAGUUUCCGGAGACCCCCAUGGCGAGAGCGGAAGUAGAAGUGGAAGUCCGGUUUACGCAAGUGGACCUGUAAAUGUGUUGACUGGAAUCGAUGAAACUAUCGAGGCGAAUCAGACAAUGCCUAUACACCAUCCAAACAAUGAUCUGAUCCCUCCACCACCACCGCCCCCACCAGCUCCUCCUCUUCUUCCGCAACUACAACAUUUGGCUCUGCCCCCACCACCGCCUCCCGCUCCAUUGUAUAGACCAAAUGCAAACACCAACUCUAUGGUAUCGGGUGUAUCGUCAGGCUCUGGUAUCUCUGGCGUCUCUUCCGGCUCCGGCGUCAUCGAAAUAGUAAUGGACGACGAACCAAUUCCCAUGAUUCCCAAGAGCAAAACUCCCACCAUCUUAUCCGCAUCAACAAUGAACUCUGGUUCCAUAAUGGAACCACCUCCGAUUCCACCCACUCUCGAACGUCGCCGCACAUCAUCUGUCUCCCACAUAUACACACAUAACCGCGGUCGUUCCGAGACGGACAACUCACUCUCGAACCGAUUUUCGCGAGCCGCAGAGCGUUUGAGAAGCGCUAGCCGCGGUAGGAAUAAUUCGAGUCCUGUUGUUGACAAGGGAGUUACAAGAAGUCCAACCGAGAAUGGUGGGAGUCCAUAUGAGAGUAUUCCUCCUCCCACUUGGGCUGUACCACCUCCGCUCAAUAGGAGUGUUACAACUACUCCUUCGAGUGGAACGCAGAUGGAGAGACAUCCUAUGGAGGUGCGAGCUGCGUACCAAGGGAAUAUGGAAGGUGGAAUGAUUUGA